UAUCAAACUUUGAAACUUGACCAAUCCCACGUCGAUCCCCGCUUUAGCCGUUAGCUGUGUCUCUACUUAUUCUACUUAUUAUGUAAUAUUCAAUAUCAAACUUAUACACACGAUAGGUACAUACCAUGUACUGUGUAUCUACAUAUACCUAGUAUUAUUAUUGAUCACUACUACUACUAGUAGUAAAAUACUUGAAGCAAGAAACUUUUUCUUAGAAACAUAUGAAAAAUGACAUAACCCACCUUCAUCUCCCAAAAUAAAUCUGUCAAUUGCCAUUAAUAGGUACUGAAGUACUCAAAUGACGGACACUAAGCUUGCCCAAGGCAGUAAGGUUGUCGAUGCCAUGGUUGGUCCAGAAAUACCAUCCAAGCAUGCUAUUAAUGGCGAUACGAAUGGUCAAGGCUCACUAGAUACCAUUGAGGCCGAUGGUCCUGCUUCUAAGAGAGUCAAGCUUGACCAUGAUGAGAUGAAGAAGGAGGAAACUCAACAAGCUCAACCGGAUCGGAGAGUUCGCGGUGUUGCGCCCGUGAAGGCUGAAUACCUCAUCUCUCUUGAGCCUCGGGACAAGGUGAUUGAUGAUGACGCAGCAGAGGGUUCCAUUGCAACAAACGACCCCCCCAAUGCUAAGCCUGAUGCUCGGGAUAACGGUGGGAAGAAAGGAAAGAACCGGAAGAAGCAAAGCGGUCAAAACCAAAAUCGCAGCUAUGGCCAUUUUGAGGAUGCACUCCGCCUAUGCAACAGCGUAACCUACACCAAUGAAUUCUCGCCUAAAUCGUGUAAAUACGGCGAAAGGUGUAACCUCUGUCAUGAUCUGCGCAAGUAUCUCAAAGAGGGUCGGCGUGAGGACUUGGACACUCUCAACGGCAAGUGUCCCAUCUUCGAAAACUACGGUAGAUGCACCUCUGGAUGGAAGUGUCGAUUUGUUAAGAGCCAUUCUAAGGAGGUCGACCGAGAAGAUGGACGCAAGGAGCUUAUUCUCCUUCAAAGUUCCGAUUCUACGGAAACUGAAGACGACCCUGAUCAACGACCAGGCAUUGUCAACGCUGUAUCUUCCGAUAUUAAAUGGGACUUGGCGAGAAGGAAGGUAGUUUUCGACAAAUCCGAACCUUAUAUUAAAUGGCUAGAAAAGGAUACGGAACUUGCAAGAAAGGUCUAUCACAGGACGAAAAAGCAGGAGGAAGACCGUGAAAAUGGAGUUGAUGCAGAAGACCACAGAGCUCAGUUCGUGGACCCGCCCCUCAAGCCAUCGGAGAAGAGGAGGAUUUACUUUGGGAAAGAGACACCAGUCCUAGCACCCCUAACUACACAAGGCAACCUACCAUUCCGACGUCUAUGUGUUGAACUAGGAGCUCAGGUUACGUAUUCAGAGAUGGCCAUGGGAAUGCCCCUGGUGCAAGGACAGAAAGGCGAAUGGGCACUUAUGAAGGCCCACGAAUCCGAAACGGUGUCCCCUCGAUACACGCCUGAGAGUAAUUCGACUGUGAAAGGCUAUGAUAACGCGAAGGACCUCAAAUUCGGUGUGCAGAUUUCGGGGAACCAACCGUGGGUAGCGAUGAAGGCGACAGAGGUCCUCACUCGAUUCCUCCCACAUCUUCGAGUGGUAGAUCUAAACUGCGGCUGUCCCAUCGAUCUCGUCUAUCAGUCGGGGGCCGGAUCUGCGCUCCUUGACACCCCUAGCAAACUGGAAAAGAUAGUCAGAGGCAUGAAUGUUGUUUCUGGGGAUGUGCCCAUCACAGCUAAGCUGCGAAUGGGUGUACGAGACGGAAAACCGACAGCAGAUAGGCUUAUUGAGAGGCUUGCCUUCGGAGGCAUUGACAUGCGAGAAAGGCUGGGAGCGCCGGGUUGCGCAGCCAUCACGUUACAUGGACGCAGUAGACAGCAACGGUAUACGAGGAGUGCGGAUUGGUCUUAUAUUGCCGAAUGCGCGGCCCUGAUCAAGUCCUACAAGGACAAGAAGGACAAAUUAACUGACACUGCUAUGGCAGCAGAUGCCAGUACUCAAGCAAACACUGCCGACGAGAAGGUUUACUUCAUUGGAAACGGCGAUUGCUACUCGCACGUUGACUACUUUGACCAUAUCGACAACGCCAAGGUAGAUACAGUUAUGAUCGCGAGAGGCGCUAUGGUGAAGCCGUGGAUUUUCGAGGAGAUUGAAAAAGGCCAGUAUUUGGACAAGUCGGCAUCGGAGCGGUUGGGAUACAUAGAGAAGUUCGUACGCUAUGGAUUGGAAGCUUGGGGUUCGGACGAGCUAGGUCUUGGGUUUACAAGGCGAUUCUUGUUAGAGUGGUUAAGCUUCACGCAUCGCUACGUCCCGUUGGGCAUCCUGGAACACAUGCCUCCUAGCCUCAACGACCGGCCACCACGAUAUAGAGGACGAGAUGAUCUCGAAACUCUUCUUGCCAGUGAUAAUUACAUGGACUGGAUUAAGAUUAGUGAAAUGUUUCUUGGACCCGCACACCCGAGCUUCAAGUUCCAGCCCAAGCAUAAGUCCAAUAGUUACGAGAUCGAGGCCGAGGGAUAGUCCUUCUAUCUCUAGAAUGACUAUACCUACUGUGGCCAGGCCAGCUAAAAGGCUGAAUACCUAUCUUGGUACCCACAUACAAAGGUGGUAGGGAAAAUAGAAAGAUUACAUGACUUAGUGGCGGCUGUACACGCGGCCGGUGGCUUCGUAUUAAUAGGCCAGAUUGCCUUAGGUUAGGUUAGUAGGAUUAGGUACCUAGGUAGCCAUCAAUAUGAGCAAUACAUGUGUAGUACACUCGGCAGAGUACUUCGUAUGGAUGCGUAUAAAAUGACUCAAAUUGACUUGAUAUUCAUUCGUUCUAUUAUCGUUAUCAGUUGAUAAUUUGCUUUAUUUGCAAGCAAUGGGAAUAGAAUAUGAUGAGGUUCAAGAUGAUAAUGGUGCAUUAGUAAAUUAUUGUACAGUUUGAAUUGUGCCUUACCUAAUGCAACAGAUAACUGCAACGUCAUUUCCUUACGGAAAACUGACGUAGUUGACUUCCAAG